AUGGCAGCUUCGCCCACAACUCCUGCUGAAGCUCUCUCAUCCUCCUCUUCGGGGAUCAAGUACCCAGACCGCCAGUCCAUCGCUGGUUCGGCCUCGCGCAACGUGCCCAUCCUAGUCUCGGAGCUUUCCCCGCUGGUCCGACCAGGCUGCCACAUCCUCGAGAUAGCAGCAGGACAUGGUCUACUUACCGCCUCCCUGGCAAAGGAAUGCAGCAGCGUGCAAGACGUGAGCUGGGAGGCUAGAGAAGCGGAUGAAGAGCUUGUGCGAAAGAUUGGCGAGCAAUGCGCCGCAAUGGGGGUGGAGAACGUUGAGGCUAGGGCGUGGGACGUUCAUGAUCAGUACGAGGAGCGGGGCGACUUCGACUUGGUGAUCAUCGCAAAUCUGCUACACAUUGUGCCGUACGCUACAGUCGAGAGGCUAUUCGAGAAGCUAGGGAGCUCUUUAGUCAAGAAGGAGAAGGGAGCGAAGGUGUGCAUCUAUGGCGCCUUCAAUGAGGAGGGACGAUUCACGAGCGAGGGCAACGAGAAGUUCGAUGGCAUCCUCAAGGCAAGGAACCCAGCGUACGGGCUGCGAGACCUCGAGUCGCAGAUUGUGCCUCUAGCAAAGGCAAAUGGGCUGGAUCUGGGAGAGGUUAGAAGACUGGCUGCGGGCAAUCUCCUCCUGAUCUUCGAGCGUAGGUAG